AUGGACCAACCACGUCCAUCUGCCGAUCAUGACCACAUCGCCCACCAGCUUCUAAGCUCCGUCUUGCCUUCCGCCGAGGACGCAGACAGGAUCUUCGCCGAGAAAGUCAAGCAGAAACCGCUCUUCUUACGGCCAGCUGAGACCGAAUUGGCUGAUGCGCGGGAGCGACGGCGUCGAGAACGGCUCAAUCGGAAACACCAUUUCCGCAUGACAAGACAAAAACCCAAGCCGCUUUCUGCCAAGGAGAAACGGACGCUGAAUGUCUAUGCGCUCGAUGCGCCGUUGCGGAAAUACUCCAUAUAUGAACCGCUGCACAGGAUGUGGUUGGGCUACGCACAAGAACUUCUCAUGCUCGGAGAGGGACCUGGCAAGCAGACAACUGUGAGCGCGCAGGCAGCUGCGAAGCUGACGAGUGCGGAUUUCCACGGCGCGCUGAUUGAAGUUGUUCGAGCGCGGUCCGGAACAAGGGUCGGACUAAAGGGCAUCGUGGUUCAGGAUACAAAGUUUACGUUUCAGAUUAUCACGCCUAAAGAUGAAGUUAAAGUUAUUCCAAAAGAACACGCCAUCUUCCGCUUCGAAAUUCCUAUCCCUAUCCCUCCUCCAUCCGGGAACGAAUCAGGACCAACUUCUUCUCCUGCUUCUGUACCCGUGCAAGCUGACCAAAACCAACCGCGCCCCUUGGUCUUUGAGCUGCAUGGGAACCAAUUCCAGAACCGAGCCGUCGAUAGAGCAAAUAAAAAAUUCAAACAGCACAGUCUUGACGAUUUAUGA